CCCCAAUAAAAAACACUCUCUCUCCAUCUAAUGUGACAAAUAAAUAAAUAAAAAUUAUUGUGUAGAAGAAGAUUAGGCAGACAACCCAUUUUUCGAAACGCUAAAGUUUUUUACAGGUUUUCCUGUAUGAGGAUGCAUGGCAGCAAGAAGAGGAGAUACUGAGUGCUGUAUGUGUGGAGAUUAUGGUUUUUCUUCGGAGCUCUUCCGCUGCAAAGGGUGUCAGUUCAGAUCACAACACAGAUAUUGUAGCAAUAUAUAUCCAGAUGCUGAUUCUUAUGGGAUCUGCAAUUGGUGUCUGAGUCAAAAGGAUGAAACAGCAGGAGGGAAAGAACAUAAGGUUUGGAAUUCUUCAGGAUCAAUCAAAAUCAAAGGCAAAGAUUAUGUGAAAAACAAUAAAAAGAAGAGUUUGGAGGAUAACAAUGGAGAAAAAACCAGAAUCAUUAUCAAGAAACAGAAGUCCUUAGAUUUAUCGCUUUCAUCAGGAGCAAGAAAGAGGAUUACAAAAGACAAUGGUAAAAUUUCGCGAAGGCUAAGGAGGACAAGAUCAGAGGAGAUAACAAAUGGUGGGAUCGAGAAACAUGUUACUAGAAACAAGGUGGUCAGAAGGUACAAGCAUUUAGAUGAAGUCAAUAGCCAGUCGAUCAGACGAGAAAAAUUGUAAGAUCCGUCUGGAAAUCGGUUUGUUCACAUGCUAAAAAUUGUAUAUUAAGUCAAUAUGUAGGCUGCUUCAACUUGUUAUGGAUGAAUCAGGCACGGUUCUUUCUACGGUGGUAAUCGGUACCA